AUGGCUUACAGGCGUAGUCUCACUACAAGGGCAAGACUUUUGGCUCAACAACGAUUUGCCCCAUCGUUUUCGUAUGCUCAUUACGAAGAUGAUCGUAAAAAUCCACAUACGGAUGCGAAAGUAAAGGGUUUUCUCCAAAGUCGAUCAUAUGGUUGCCUCGGUAACAACACGAACAGUUCGCUAGGGUUUGCCGGAGGCGGUGGCGCUGUGAGUUUUCGAGAUCCGAGAUGGUCUCAGUUUCUUCAUGCACCGUUGACGACAAAUGGGUUCUUGUUAACUAGAAAUAUCUCCACCACGAGUGAAGUUGCUGCUGCUGCUGCGGAAUCUUGGCCACCAGUUGCAGUUUUGCAGCAUGCCAUUGAUGGGAUUCAUAACUUUACGGGAUUGAAUUGGUGGGCAAGCAUAGUAAUAGCAACUGUUGCUAUUAGAACCUUGUUGGCUCCAAUCACGAUUAAUCAGCACAAGGUUGCCUCAAAGUUAACUAUUUUGGGGCCAGAAUUGGAGCAGAUUCAGCAAAAGAUGCAAGAUAAGAGCAUGACUCCAACGGCUGUUGCUGAAGUUGAGGCACAAAAGAAGAGAGUAUAUAUGGAGUAUUCUGCUGCUAUGUAUACUCAAUUGACCAGGCUUUUCAUCCAAGCCCCUGUCUUUGUCAGCUUUUUCCUUGCUAUUGAGAAGAUGGUGGAAAAGGUUCCAUCUUUUCAAACUGGUGGGGCAUCUUGGUUCAUCGACCUUACCACUGCUGAUGCUUUCUAUAUUCUUCCUUUAUUGGCUGCCAUUUCAUGCUGGAUAACUGUCGAGUUUACCAUGCAGGAAGGUAAGCGUGGUGGUGUCUGGAAAAACAUUGCAAGGGGUGGUGCUGCUCUUACACUUCCUCUUACAGCAAGUUUCCCAAACGCUCUCUUCUGUUAUUGGAUCACCUCCAACUUGUUCUCUCUUUUAUUCGGACUCACAAUAAAGAAACCCUCUGUGAAGAAGUUUCUGAAUAUACCCAUAAUAGUGCCUCCACCGCCAUCUCCUGCCACCCAACCUAAGCCCACGAACCACAGUGUAACUUGCUCAUCACUUCCAUGUCAGAAGCCGACUUCAGAAGAACGUAAAUCUACAACUCAAAGACUAUCAUCAUCAUUACUCCUCAACCAUAGGAUCAAAAAUCUAGAGAAACAACUCAAGGGAAGGAACAAGAACAAGAGGAAGAAGAGAUGCCGCUAA